UUCCACUCACUCGUAUUUUCUUAUUGCAGCCUUAAUGUUCAAGUUCGUCCACGGGGCAGAAGGGUGUUGGAAAGUAUCUCUCAUGGAAGAUGCAGAUCAAAAUAUUCACCUGAAGAAUUUGUCAGUGCACCAGGCAGGCUCUGAAGAAGACUCUCUCAAUCUUCUUUUUAUGGGAGACACCAACAGAAUGAUUGCUGAGACCCCGAUGAACCAAGCCUCUUCUCGGUCACAUUGCAUCUUCACUGUUCACUUGACAAGCAAGCAAGAAGGAUCAGCCACAAUAAGGAAAGCAAAACUUCACCUUGUGGAUCUUGCAGGGUCAGAGCGUGUAGCAAAGACUGGAGUCAACGGUACACUUCUAACAGAGGCCAAAUAUAUCAACCUGUCUCUUCACUACUUGGAACAGGUGAUCAUUGCUCUGUCGGAGAAAAGUCGGUCUCACAUUCCAUAUCGUAACUCCAUGAUGACCUCUGUGCUUCGUGACAGCCUCGGUGGCAACUGUAUGACAACAAUGAUCGCCACCUGCUCCAUGGAGAAACGCAGCAUGGAUGAGUCCAUCUCGACUUGUCGUUUUGCACAAAGAGUUGCCAUGAUCAAGAAUGAUGUCACAUUGAAUGAGGAGCUGGACCCACGAUUGUUGAUUGCCAAGUUGAAGCGGGACAAUGCCGAGCUGAGAGAGCAGGUUGCUUUGGCAACAGGGGAGCAACUUUCAGAGGAACUCUCCCAAGAGGAAAUUGACAGAUGUGAAGAGGCUGUAAGAUUGUAUCUUGAUGACCCAGAUCCUGAGAGUGUUCUGACUGUAGGACAUGACCUUCGCAAGAUUCAAAAGUGCUUCAGAAUAUUGAAAAGAUUUGUUUUGGAGAGACCACCUGCUGCAGACCCUGUACAGUCAAAUCCAAUGAUGAGGGAAGCCACUCCGGAUAUUGGGCCAUACCGAGACACAGAAACAAGGAAACUGAAAGAACUGGUGGAACAGAGAGACAAUGAGAUCAACAUUUUAGUGAAUAUGUUGAAGAAAGAACGCCAGAAGGGCAAAGGGACGAUUGCCAACCGGCCUGCGACCAGACAUUCCAACCACUCUUCCUCUCAGAGAAGAGAGGGAAACCCAGAGCGAGUCAAUGGUUACUACAGUCAGGGAGAAAAGCCUUCUGCCAGUGCUGAAGGUCAGAGGUUAAGCAGCACCCAUCAAGAUCGGCCAGACAGUGAAAGUCGGGUAGAUCAACAAAGGCAGAGCAGACAACACAGGAGCUCUGUAGCAGCCAUUGAUAAAGAGGACAGAAUGAAAACAAAAAUAUUGGGCAACAUGUCUCUUGGUCGCCAGGAAGCAUUUGACAUUUUCAUGCGUGAUUAUCAUGAUCGGGACAGGAUUGACAUGAACAAACAGAUUCUCAAACAGCGCUAUGGAGAGGCCAAACUGUUGGGGGAAAAACUGAAUAAGUCCAAACAGAAAAUGAAUCAUUUGAAAAACUCCUUAGCACAGAUCCGGACUCAUCAAGAAAUGGAAGGACAAGAUGGAGAGAGUGUGAUAGAGAGAGAGAUAAAGGAGCAAAUGGAGGACGAGAAAAACAUUUACAAAGACACAUUUACUUCACUUCGGGCUAUGAAGUCUGAGAUUGAGCAUUUGCAGCAUUUCCUAGAGAAGUCCAAAGUUCAGCUGAUGAAAGAUUUUGAGUUGUGGUGGGCGGAGCAGACGGCAAGGAAUCAUCAGCUGGUUUGGCCAGAGGUCCCUCCCCCUGGGCCCAGUGGUCAAAGUGUAAUGGCUGCCUGGAAGACUCCACCCAUCACCCCUCCCACACCUGCCCCUAUCCCUGGUCCUCCUUCACACAGAACUUUUACUCGUGAAACCCCCUCUCCUGAUAUCAGGGGUAGCAACUCCAGACAAGAAAGGCCUCCUAUAAAGCCAUCUAUUGGAGGCUUCAUGCUGACCGGGGACAGCAAGGUGGAUGCAGAUAUACAAGCCUUUGUUAAGGCCAGGCAGAGCAUUCUUCAGAAAGUUCAAGAAAACCACAGAGGGCAGUGAGUAAACAAGGAUAUCAAAUUCUGGACCAUAUUUUGAAACUUACAGGUGAAUUGAUGACUGAAAGCGAUGCAGCGAAUGUAGAUAUUUUUAUAUUGAUUUAUUCCUGUAAUUUUGAUUUCUGCUAUUUAAACAAAAAUUGUUGUGCCAGCCAUUUCGUGAAGUUUAAAACAACAAAUUUCUUGUUUAUUCUAUUAUUUCCAUUGUAGAUGGACUCAUGUAUCUUUGGAUGAGUUUUGCGAUUCUUUUCCUCAUAUUUCUUUUAUGAAUGAAAAAAAAAUUAUUUACAAAAAUGUAGUAAGAGUCAGAUGGAAAUUUCAUUGUGUGAGUCACUGUAAGUUAGUGUAAGUGAGAUUUUUGUCUGUUCCAACUGUCUGUUUAAUAAACACGUGAAGUUGAAAGCUA